CUGGAGCUGCGAACGGGGCUGAACCCAGUGCGGUUAGGAGGAUUCCGGGCCGCUAUGCGGGGUUGGAGACGCCUGGAGGUCUCUCUGCUCCGGAAUCAGGCAUGUCCCCCGCUUCGACCGCCAGCCGGGGUUCCCCUGUCCUGGCAAACAAGGCUCUGCCCUCGGAGAGUGCCUCCCCCUCCUCGAUCCCUGGACCCAGGCAUGCAAGCUCAGGCACAGAAGGGACUCUGCGCGACAUAGGCGAGUUUGGUGGUGCUCAUCCCAGAGACCACUGGCCAGGCCUGUCGGUUGACAAGGUCGGAGCUCGGAAAGGGACAUCGCAUUGUCUGUGGAACGAGAACGAGGAAAGUGGGGGGGAGGUGGGUAGGUUUAGGAUUGGCGUGGGAGAGGUGUGGGAGGGGGAUACGACGGAUGAGAGUACGGAUAGGGACAAGGACAAGGGAACGGAGCGAGCGAGAGGGAAGGGGGUUACGGUUGGGACCCUACCCGGGACACCUAGAGCAGGACUUGGAACAAGAACAGGAUCAGAGAGGAAUGGGCCUCUAAUUGGAGGUGGGCUGCUACCUUCGAACAAGUCUGGAAGGAGUAUCUUUCGCCCUUCAGGAGGGAGUAGCAUUAGGAAGGGCAAAGCAGGCAAAAACGGAAAAAUCCCGCUCCAACCGCGUACCCUGUCGGACCUUCUCACCCAACUCACCCCUUCCGAGCGUAGCUUCUUUACCAAACUCGAUGCGGAGCUCGAUAAGGUCGAGUCUUUCUAUGAAGCUAGGGCGAAAGAGGCGCGGGAUAAGGCUGCGGUGUUGCUUAACCAGGUGGACGAGCUGAAAGAGCACAGAGAGGCGUAUUACACCGCUUACCCGAGAACAACCGACCGCUGGCCCAACAUCCUCACCACAACACUUUCGCGACACGUCCUGUCCCCGCCCUCCAACCUCCCGCAUCUCGGCAUACGCAGGUUCUUCCACCCGGAUGGGGAUCAGCUGUCGGUCGAUGUGGACACGCGUGAGGAGAGGGAAGGGGAGGAGUUGGACCCGCAUGGAUACUUGCCGGCGAAGAAGAAAAUCAAGAUUGCAUUGCAAGAGUAUUAUAGGGGGUUGGAGCUUUUGGAGAAUUACCGGAUCCUCAACCUCACCGGAUUUCGCAAAGCUCUCAAGAAGUUCGAGAAGACAACAGGAAUCCUCUUCGCUCAAGAACUCUACAUGUCCGAGCGCGUGGACCCCCUCCCUCUCUGUCGCGCCGAGCCUCUGCACACCCUUCGCGUACAGAUGGAGAUUGUCUAUGCGGAUAGGUUUGCCAAGGGUGAUAGGAAGCGGGCGAGAGACAGACUCAGACAGGAGGUGAUACCCAAGACACACCAUUUCAGCACGUUCCGGGCAGGCGUAUAUGUUGGCUUGGCCAUCCCUGCUAUCGUUCUGGGAAUCGUAAGAUCAUUCGAUCCCUACGUGCGGAACGCCGUCCCCGAAUGGGCUUCCCUGCUCAACAUCUACGGUGUUCUCUUCAUCCUCCCCAUAUUCACCUUCCUCAUAGGGCUAAACAUGUGCGCCUGGACCCGGGCCCGAAUCAACUGGGUGUUCAUCUUCGACCUGGACGUCCGAUCAGUGCUAGAUUACCGGGAGUUCUUCGAGCUCCCUGCAUUCCUAUUCAUGACCCUCUCAUACUGCUGCUUCUUCUCCUUCUACCUGGUCGACAACCCCCGUGUCGACCCCCAUACUUGGCCACUGGCAUGGGUCGUCCUCUCCAUCCUGGUCCUUAUCAACCCCCUCCCAAUCUGGCGACGUCGUUCUCGCUACUGGUUCCUAUACAUGAUCGCCCGACUCCUGGUCUCGGGCACAACGCGUGUCGAGUUCGCAGAUUUCUGGCUCGGGGACCAACUCUGCACGCUCGCUUACACACUCGGCAACCUUUACGUCUUCGGCUGCGCGUAUAACAAUAAUUGGAACAGCGUAAGCGCGCUCUGCGGGACGGCUAACACUUGGAUUGCUGCGUUCCUGAGCGCGCUGCCAUAUGGAUUGCGGUUCUCGCAGUGUGUGAGGCGUUGGGCGGAUUCGGGACUCAAGAUUCAUUUGGUCAACGCUGGAAAGUACCUCUCGAUGAUUGUAGUGUACAUUGUUUAUUAUCACUGGCGCCAUCUGGGUCAGUUCGUUCUUCGCCCCUCUACCCCAUACCUGACUUCCCUUCAAGGAUCUGGACGUGAUACUUCCUUCGUCGUCUACGUUCUCUUCGCUACGCUCGGAUCGAUUUACACAUGUGCAUGGGACCUGUUGAUGGACUGGUCCUUUAUGAGACCUAAGGCGCCGUGGCCAUUCCUGCGGGACGAUCUGAUUUACGGCAAAGAGGCUGUCCCACUAUACUACUUUGCGAUCGUCAGCAAUAUCAUCCUUCGUCUGGAUUGGGUGUUCUACAUCCCCACCGGAGGACUUUCGCUCACUGUGCGAGCUUGGUUAUUUGCGUGCCUUGAAGCGCUUCGACGGUUCCAAUGGAAUUUCUACCGGGUGGAGAACGAGCAUAUCGGUAAUGCGGAUCGAUACCGUGUGACGAAGGAAAUCCCAUUGCCCUAUUCUGUACGCCCUGGCGACGACGCAGAUGACGCGGAUGACUCGGACGACGAGAGGCCGAGCAGCAUCAGGACAGUGUUGGGUGGAAGAGGCGGCAGGAGCCCUAGAGAAGACAUGGCGAGGAGUUCGAGCUAUCGGGGAAGAAACGGGUUAGAAGAGGGUAUAAGGGAACGCGCCGAGGCAAACAGGGUUGUUGAGCAGGAAUUAUAA